UUUAAAAAACAUGAAUAAACAAAACGAAAAGAACUGAUUCCUCGAUUUCAUUGUCUUACAAUUAAAAUUAAACCAAAAAAUAUUAAAAAACUGCUUAUGCCAAUAUCUAAGUGCAAUUAAUCGCCAUAGAUUAAUUAACCGAGGUAAUGCGCGCGCUUGGAAUGCGAAAUUAAAAAAAAAUAUACAUAUAGGUUAGAAUCUGGAAGAAGCCAAUAUCAAUCUUUAAUGCCAACAAUUACGACUUGGCAAAUUGUCAUAAUCAAUUCGGCAAUUCAUAAUUAAUUAAUCAAAUCAUAGAAAUAAUUAAUUUUUAGUACUAAAUUUUAACUAAAAAUGGAUAACGGAGAUCCUCUGGGUUUCACGAAACAAACGGCGAUGAUCCUGGAGGGUCUGAACGCUCGCGAUUUAAUCCCAGAAUUCCGAAAACGGAAUAUUUCCACGGAUGCACUUCCGGAGUUAUCAAAAGAUGAUUUAAUGGUACUCGGGGCUACCGAGGAAUUGGCCGAUAAAUUGCAGCAACAAUUGAAGAUUAGAGUGAAGAAGAUCGAACCGGCUAGAGAUCUCAAUCAAGAGAAAAUUGGAAAAUUAUUGGAUACUUUAAAAAAGGGGAGACAACAGUUGUAUCUGAUCGACACAUUUGUGUUGUAUUCCCACAGAAGAAUAAUGGAAUCCUCCAUUGAUUUUCUCAUUGAUCAAAAUAAAAAUGAACGAGCCAGUGAGGCUCUCGUCAUGGCCAUCAGUAGUACUCUAGAGGAUUUAGGGAUAGUCGAGCGUGAUUACUGGGAGUUAUCGUCAUUUAUCACGGAGAAAUCAUAUGGCAAACUCUUCAAGCCCAUUGGGGAGUCGUUGUUGAUAGCUGUGGCUGUGUUGACUUGCUCCAUCUUUGCCUGGAAAUUCUGUAAGAAAUGAUUCGGAGUUGCAGCGAUUUGGAGCGUCCACAAUUGAAUAACUCCCAUAUUCAUGUUCAUACGUCAUUACUUCAUUUCCCUCUUCCCUAUGUUUUUAUAAUUAUUAUUGAUUAAUAAUAUUGCCCCUCAGCCCUGGAGGCCAUUAUUUUUUUUGAGACUUUUUCUCCUGAUAGCAUAAAAUAUUUUCAUCAAAAGACAAUCCCAUUCUUUUUUAUAACUUAAUGAUGAAAUAAAAUGUUUUCUAAUUGUC